AUGGCUUUCGAAUCAUCGGUCUUGGGUCACCAUGUCUUCAGUUCGGGUUUCAAAUUGUCUUACCCCGUGCAUGAGAAUCGCACAAAGAGAAUCCCAAUGAAGGUUUUGGGUACAAACAGUAGAUACUUAUUUCCUAUUGUGUCGAAUUGUGUUGGUCCUUUCAGUUCUACAAGCUUUAAGAGUUCAAGUUAUGUAAACAAUUUCAAGCUAGUUGGUGGAACUAGCUUGAAGAUGAGGUGUCUUGGUAGUGAUAGUGAUUGUUUGCGAGAGAAAAAUGUUCAGGUUGAUUCCAAUUUUAAUGCUAAUUUGAAGUUUAUAGAUGAGUUUUUGGUGAAGAGAGGGAUUGUUUUGGCGGCUACUGUUUGUGGGGUGUUGGUGUUUGGAUGUCCGCAAGUUUUCGCUGCGGAAGGUGUGGUGAAAGCUGGAUAUGGUGUUAUUGGGAAGAGCAUACUUUUGCUUGAGAGUACUUGGCCAACUGUUUUGCAAGUUCUUCGUUUGUUUAAGGAGCAAGGGUUGUUGUUGGCUUUGCUUUUAGGUCUUUCCGCGUUUUUCUCUCUGGCGGAAACAUCAAUUACUACACUUUGGCCUUGGAAGGUUCGUGAGUUGGCUGAAAAAGAGACUGAAAAUGGCGUCUUCAGACUACUCCGAAGUGAUGUUACUCGAUUCCUAACGACCAUACUUAUCGGCACAACUGUGGUAAAUAUUGCAGCGACUGCUCUGGUCACAGAAGCUGCAACUGCAGUAUUUGGUGAAGCUGGUGUUAGUGCAGCAACAGGAGUGAUGACUGUUGCCAUUUUGCUUCUCACUGAAAUCACUCCAAAAAGCAUUGCGGUUCACAAUGCCACAGAGGUGGCUCGGUUUGUGGUCAGGCCAGUGGCAUGGCUUUCUCUGGUACUGUAUCCCGUUGGAAGGAUUGUUACCUUUCUUUCAAUGGGGAUGCUUAAAUUGCUUGGCUUAAAAGGAAGUAGUGAGCCAUAUGUAACCGAAGAGGAACUAAAACUGAUGCUGAGGGGUGCAGAAUUAAGUGGGGCAAUAGAAGAGGAAGAACAGGAUAUGAUUGAAAAUGUGUUGGAGAUAAAAGACACACAUGUCAGAGAGGUUAUGACACCUCUUGUUGAUGUUGUCGCAAUCGAUGCAAGUUCAAGCCUUGUAGAUUUUCAUCACUUGUGGGUCACACAUCAAUACUCAAGGGUACCUGUUUUUGAGCAACGUGUUGAUAAUAUUAUGGGUAUAGCAUAUGCGAUGGAUCUACUCGAUUAUGUUCAAAAGGGCGAGACUCUAGAAAGUAUUACAGUUGGAGAUAUGGCUCACAAGCCUGCAUAUUUUGUACCCGAUUCAAUGUCUGUUUGGAAUCUUCUUAGAGAAUUUCGAAUCAGGAAGGUUCACAUGGCCGUCGUUCUUAACGAGUAUGGUGGAACUGUUGGGCUUGUAACACUUGAAGACGUCGUUGAAGAAAUUGUUGGUGAAAUCUUUGAUGAAAAUGACUCAAAGGAAGAAAUACAGAAAAAAACUGGUUACAUAGUAAUGCGAGCUGAGGGUGUGUUUGAUGUUGAUGCUAACACAUCCAUUGAUCAACUCUCUGAAGAUUUGACCAUCAAGAUGCCAGAGGGUCACCAAUAUGAGACAGUAUCUGGCUUUGUAUGUGAAGCCUUUGGAUAUAUUCCUAGGACAGGAGAGACCAUAAAGAUAGUUCUUGAAAGAGAUGAUGAAGAUGAUGACGAUGAUUCCAAUGGUGACCACCAGGAACCGAAAGAGAAGAAACAUAUUUUCAAACUCGAGAUACUAGCAGGAAAUGCGAGAAAGGUGAGCGCUGUUCGGUUUGAAAGGCUUAAUAAUGGCGACGAAAUGUUGGAGACGAAAGAAGUAACACGAAUGUUCCCAAAAAUUGUAAAAAGAAAAUGGAAUACCGGCGAGGAAUCUGAAGAUGAUGCGGAAUAUGAUGGAUAUGCAUUUCCAAAGAGACGAGAGGAAGACAUUUCUAAUGAAUAUGUAGUUGAUCAGGAAAAUUCUCAUAGGAAUUAA